CUGAGUCGAGCCCCGUGGGAGAUAGGCGAGCAAACGGAGAACGACGGACCGGUGUACCGCUCAGUGCACCCACGCACAGACCAGGACCAGCCCCACGCCGCAGACGCAGACGGACACACAGACGUACAGACAUACAGACGCCUGUCCUCUUUGGAUUCACGACGAGCGGGCACUGGGCUCCGUACACUUUGACCACGACGCAGCUGGCAACCUUUCUCUAAAUUGCUGAACGCACCCAACUAAUUUUGCAUAUAUUAGAGUUUCGUCGCUGUUAUUUUUUUUUUUAUUCCACGUUUUUUUGUUGUCGUUCUUAUUGCCGAGACCAAGAGAGAAUGUUUCCCAUGAGUGUGAGGUGGGCUUCCUCAGCUCUGGCUGUUCUGCUGGUCUGCACCUCUGUGAUGGUGGAAGGGGGCUGCCCGCUGCAGUGCUCCUGCCCCCCCUCUCCGCCCCCCUGCCCGCCGGGCGUCAGCUGGGUGACCGAUGGCUGCGGCUGCUGCAAGGUGUGCGCCAGGCAGUUCAACGAGGAGUGUAGCCCCAGCCAGCCCUGCGACCACAUCAAGGGCCUGCGCUGCCACCUGGUGGCUGGAGGACACCCCGAGCGCGGGCUCUGUCGAGCGGAGGCACAGGGCCGCCCCUGCGAGCUGAACGGCCACGUGUACCAGCACGGAGAGGACUUCCAGCCCAGCUGCCAGCACCAGUGCAGCUGUGUGGACGGGGUGGUGGGCUGCAUGCCCCUGUGCCCGCACCAGGUGCCCCUGCCCGACUGGCGGUGCGCCAAGCCCCGCCUGGCCCGCCCCCCCGGCCGCUGCUGCGAGGAGUGGGUCUGCGAUGAUGACAACCGCAUCAGCGAGGACCCCGCCGAGCCCCCCCAUGUGCCCCCGCACGACCCCCGACCCCAGCCCCACCUCAACGUCGUCACCAACGAGCUGGAGGCGCCCGCCCGGCGUCACUCCUUCGGAGAGAACUUUCUGGCUGAUUGGCUGUCCCUCUCGCAGCCCCACGCCCCGUUUCCCACCAAGUGCUUCCCGCAGACCACCGAUUGGUCGGAGUGCUCCACCACCUGCGGCAUGGGCAUCUCUAGCCGAGUGACCAAUAGCAACACGGAGUGCCGGCUGGUCAGAGAGACCCGGCUGUGUCAGAUUCGAGAGUGUAACCUCACACCGGCCACAUCUACCAGGAGGGGUAAGCGGUGCCAGCGGACGGAGCGGCCACGGGAGCCGGUGAGGAUCACGUUCGCGGGCUGCUCCACGGCGCGGCGGUACCGGCCCCGCUCCUGCGGCUCGUGCGGGGACGGGCGCUGCUGCACCCCCUCGCAGACGCGCACCCUGAGGCUGCGCUUCCGCUGCCCCGACGGCGAGAGCUUCACCCGCAGCGUCAUGUGGGUGCAGCGCUGCCGCUGCAGCAAAACCUGCGCCAGCCGCGGCCCCGCCCCCCCGCCGCCCUCCAUCAGCCUGCACAACGACAUCCACACCUUCUCACACUGAGGACCCCCCCCGGGAGGGGGGGGGACGCCUCUGAGGGCCAGGCUACCCAUCAUCCCUGAGACUGAAAGGGGACCACCCCUAGUAGCUGGAUGGCAGUCCUCAUUUUUCCCGUGCAGCGACCUCCCAGACAGCAGGGGACGCUGUUCAGUUUCUCUCUUGGGGCUCUGAACCUCUGCCAGUCGUCACAGCCCCCCAUCACCACCCCUGCUACAAACCAGGCUACCAGUCCAGCCAAAACUAAGAACAAUGAACUUUUUGCUUGCACUUUAAGUCUUUAAUUUUCUCGUUGUUUUACACACCUGCUAGCUACUGAGAGUGAUGUAUGGACACGUAGAGACAUGCCUCCCCCCCAAUCCUACCCUCAAGCAAACAGCUGAGUUGAGGGUCCCACACUGGGUAACGGGGUGCUCUUCCUUGCAGUGUCAGAGAUUACUACAAGUGCUUUCUGUUACCCCUCAUGGCACAGUGCAUAGACCAGUCGUUGUAAACAACAGCGUGGGUUCAUGGAAGACACAUGUUGGCUAUUUUUAUAGACGACACAUGAUUGACAUGUAGACUAGGUUCACGGAUGACACAUGGAUUGCACGCUGUGGGACGGGAUACCACUCGCGAGUUCAGAGUGGGAUUCUUAGUUUUACACCCAAAAUGCUUUAACGAAUCAAUCCUGCUUUCUUCGAUUAUUUUCACCUCUUUCUUUUUUAACAUGUUUUUUACUUGUUUUUUGGUAGACGAGAGAACAAACCCUACAGUUCAGCACGGUUGUACAAAAAUAGCAGGAAUAUGGGUUACGAGCAUUAAUAUGUGAUGCAUAUUCUGAUGAUGGAAUACCUGUCAUAUCUAAUGGGCAACAGAGUGUUUUCACAGUUCAACCACAUCUGUGAAAUACUGUGUGCAGGUCUGACUUUUCCCCAAUACCGUGAUGGAUUGUGGAACCUGUGCUGAUUGCAUCAGUCUCCAUUUCUCUCUGUGUCUGUCUGUUUGGGCAUAUGCAGCGGGUUCUCUCUGUGUGCAUUUUACUCUUAGCUUUUUUUUUUGGUCUGUUCAGGUGUGGACUGGAAACCAGGAAAACCCUUAUUCUGGAAUUCUAUCCGUUGUAAACCUGUAGGUUUCAGUGUGUGUUUACUGUGUGUCUGUGUGCGAGUGUAUGUGAGAGCGAUCACGCGCGUGUGUGCGCGUGAGAAAUGUAGUGUUUGUACAGACUUCACCCUUCGGUGGAGUGACACUCUUUGGAGGUCGCCUCUUUUUUUGGGGCGUGUGUUAAAAGCCUGAUAGAGGCUUUCUUGUACUAGAAGAUUGAAGAUUUGUGUAUUUAAGACUUCUAUUUUGUUUAAUGUAAUUCCUGAAUGUAUUUUCAGUGUUACCAAGUCUCCUUUCAAAGAAAAAAAUAU